AAACACACAGAUCCUGUGGAUCCCAGGUAGAGAUGGAACAAGAGAUAGAAAGACCAGUUGGCCAGGAGAUUGGGGCAAAGAAACAAGAGGAGCAGUUCAUAUAGGGCCAAAAGAGUCCCUAGGACAGAAAAGGGCAGGAGGAAAAAGAAACUAAAAGAUGGAGAAAAAAGAGCUAGAAGAAGCAAAGAGAGAAGAUAUGGUGGGCUUCAUCUCUGCAUUACUAGGAAUUACUUGGACACUGGAAAAACCACCUAAGAUCGUAAUGUCUUUCCUGAUACUUGUACUCCUGGCCUUAGGAUCAGGGCAGGCACAGGAAGGGACAGAGCCUGUCAUGUUGGAAGGAGAGUGCCUGGUGGUAUGUGAACCUGGGCGGGCAACUACAGGAGGUCCGAGCGGGGCAGCCCUGGGAGAGGCUCCCCCAGGACGGGUGGCCUUUGCUGCUGUCCGUAGCCACCAUCAUGAACCAGCUGGAGAAACAGGCAAUGGUACCACUGGUGCCAUCUACUUCGACCAGGUCCUGGUGAAUGAAGGCAAUGGCUUUGACAGGGCCUCGGGAUCCUUUGUUGCCCCUGUCCGAGGUGUCUAUAGUUUCCGGUUCCAUGUGGUGAAGGUAUACAACCGCCAGACUGUCCAGGUGAGCCUGAUGCUGAAUACAUGGCCUGUGAUCUCAGCUUUUGCCAAUGACCCUGAUGUGACCAGAGAGGCAGCCACCAGUGCUGUGCUCUUGCCCCUGGACCCAGGGGACCGAGUAUCCCUGCGUCUGCGUCGAGGGAACCUGCUUGGUGGUUGGAAAUUCUCCAGCUUUUCUGGCUUUCUGAUCUUUCCUCUCUGAGGGAAAGUAUCCCCCUCCCCUCUUUUUUUUUUUUUUUUUUUUUCCCCAAACACCUCCACCCUUCCCCAUACACUUACUCUGGCAUCCUUCUCUUCUUUCAUCUUCCUCCUGGAAUGCAGGAAUGGCAAGGAACUUUCUUCAGAGGGAGGGAUUUUAAUCAGCCCUGGGCCUCCAACUUCCAUUCAUUUCAACUCCAAUAGUAGUAGUAGGAUCCCUCUGGAGUAGGGAAUAUAACUUUAUUUUCCACAUCCCCAAAUCACAUGUGCAAAUAUGUGGUCCACCAGUAGAUACUCUUUUAGGUAAGUGCAGUUAAAGGACAUUUUCUUUUCCCAAAAUUGUCAUCAUGCUAAAAAAUCCAGAAUGGAGAGCUGACAUCUUCAUAUUCUAUUCUUUUUGCAUGGGCACAAGU